AAAAGAAGAAAUCACGGUGUUGACUGUUAUGACCCAUUACGAACUCUCGAUUUCGAACUGCAACUUUCACUGCUCGGGGUUUGCAUAUUGAGAUCACAACGAAUAAAUUGACCCUUGUCCCGACUCAUUCACCCCGAAAAGCUCUAACGCUUAACCAUAAGUCUGAAUUAGCAUCUGAUUUUCUCGCCGACGCGAUCGGGCACGCCAUCUUUGCUUUGCGAAAACUUGGAAUUAUCAUCACAAAUGAGCCGGUACGUGUAUGGCCAUGCGGCCCAGGGCUACCAAACCUCGCAGCCCUACGCGUACUCAGCAAACGAACCAUAUAAUCCUACUUUUUAUCACAACGACGCAGCUGCGACUCAACCGACUCACGGCCAGGGAGUUGCAGAAGCGUAUGAGUAUAAUCAGACUGCCAUUCCAGGUUUAGGAAUGAGAUAUUCGCAGGACACUGCGAACUGGCAACCAACAUUACCUCAGAAAAUUCCCGAUGUUCAGAUAGACUCGACUGGUGCCAUGACAACGGGUGUGACCACAAAACCCGAUUACAACAACGCAUCCAGCCAUUCGAUAACAUACAACUCGUGGUCGACUAUGGCAAUGGAUGUGGAUACAAUGGAAGACGGUGAGCUCAGUGAAGGCGAACUUGAAGAUAUAUAUGAACCCAACGGGAUAGAUGGUCCCGCUGCCGAAAAUAAUGGCCCCCAGCCGCCAGGUUCUACAGCUGCCAAGCAACACAUGACCGAGAACCUGCGAAACAACCACGAUGGCGAGAAACGCGCUUCGAACUCAAAGCAGCCCGGUCGCGAACGUUCCGGCUCGUACUCGCCGUACCUCUCUCCCCGUGAAAUAGAAUCCAACGGCUCGGAAAACGCCAGGUCAAACACGCAUAACUCAAGCAUUGCUAAUGGCCUUGCAAUGACGGAAUCAGGAACAGCCAUGAAGACUACAAAUGCUAAUGGAGGCGAGUACAGCUCAAGCCCAAGGCCUGGCACAAGCCAUAUAGAUGCAAUUAUCUCGGAAUAUAAGAAAAGGGCUGAAAAGGCUAUUUUACACCUCUGGCCACUCAAUGUUCGAUAUCACAACUAUAUCGAAGAAGGAAUUGAUCGGGCACUGCUGGAUGACCUUUUUGGGGAAAUGGGCCUCGACUUGGAGGCCAAUACCGAAAUCCAAGGAGAAGCAAAACGCCCGUCGAUGGCAAAAGUUGCUGAAGUACCAAGUAAUGCCCUUGGUCAAGAGAGUGCUUCAACGGCAACAAGCACGGCCGCCGCUGGGCUUAAGGGCGUGGAGCAGACGAAAGACAAGUCAGAAGAACGGAAAGACCGCAUUGCUCGUUUAUUGGCUGCCAAAGGCUCCAAAGCAACCGCUGGAGACACUGAUAUCGCUAAGCCUUCACAUCCGAUGUCAUUAUUGCCAAGCAACGCGAAAACAGACAAGACUAAGAGUCAAUCGGAGAAGUCGAGGCUGAUCCAGCAAAAGAUGGAGGCAUUAAUAAAAGCACGGGAGGCAAACGCGAAGGCGGCACCCAAAGCUCAUACACCCUCAGAGCCUCACUUACCUCCGCCAGUAACUGAAACCAGCAGGUCGCAAAGUCUUGCGCGUGCUGAUUCUGUGAAUAUUGAUGAGCAAACAGAAGCCAACGCUGACAUUACGGAUCCAGCAACUGCACCUUCUAUUCCUGGCUUAUUCCUGUCGUCAAACGCACCAUCUCCUGUUCCUCAUCAGCGCAAACGACCUGUUGCAGCGGAGUUGAACGAGAACUCCACGGCCAUUUCCCACAAGCGCCCGUUUGGCCAGACUCGAGAGUCUCGUCCAUUCCUAAUCGAUGUGAGCGACGAUGAAGACGACGCUGAGAUGGAAAUUGAUUCUCCUGAGUUACGGCCUUCGUCAAUACAGCAGCCUAUGACGCCCGGUCCAAGAACAGCGUCUUUCCGUGACCAUCCAGCUCUGCCAGACAGUGCGUCACAUCGUGCUGCAUCCAGUCCAAAGACUGCAGGGACUCCCGCCACAAAUGCUAAUAGCAUGUAUGAUCUGAAGAGUAUGAACAAAAAGAUUGAGGAUAUGAAACGAAAAAUUGCCGAGGCCGAGGCUCGUAAGAAGGCCAAACAGUCCGGCAAUAAUUCACCUUUGCCUCAGUCUGGAUCGCCUUCAAAAGAGGGUAGCGUCGACAUUCCGACCCCGCCAGCACCUGCUGUAAGGCGUGCUCUAUCGACAAAUGCUGAAAUGGCUCAAGGUAGCCCGGCGUCAAGUGUGCACAAUUCUCCACACGCUAUUACCAAGUUGCCUAAAGCAAGAGACCAAUCAGUGACAGCAAGAUCUUCGCUGCGCGCUCGAGUUGCCAGCGAACGCCUGUCUAUUGUUGAGGCUCGGCGAAAGGCACAAGCCGAGCAACUCAAGCAUCUAUACUCCGAAGCCGCUAGACUCGAGAACGAGAUUCAGAAGAGCUUGGCUGAAGAAGAGCGGUUGAAGGAAGAUGCUGCAGAAAAUGAGUUGAACCCGUCAACGCCGAACGAGUCUGAGCUGGAGAAUUUCCAGAGGGACGGCUUAGAUAUGGCGACAAAUGCUCGGAGUGCCUCUCUAGAGACAAACUCGAAAGAAACAUUAACUAAACUUGCAGAGAACGAAAAAGUGAAACUCUCUUGCGAUGAGGUUGAGCCAGACGCCUCGAUGGACGAAGCCUCGAGCAUUGAGCCGACUCUUGACAAGGAAAUGAUAGACGAACCUCCUCAAGGUGAACUGCAAGAGCUUGAGGAUCGUAGGACAAAAGAGGCUGCUGUACCCGGUAGCCUCUCUGCAUUGGCGACAAGAUCUUCCACCACACACGAUACAGCCGGCACAUCUGGCGAUCCUGCCAUGAAUGGAGCUGAAGAGGCCGAAGAAGAUGUGGCAAUGGAAGAGGACGAUACUUCGAGCGAGGAGGAAGAUACCGAUGACUACGAGCCAACGCAUGUCGGCGUUCGUCUACCAGACCCGCAGUCCCCUGUUUCCCGGCAUUCUUCGCCCCCUCAUGCACCACUCGAUCAUGGAGUGCUGGAAACAAGUGAUACUGACAUGCAGGGCAUGGCAUCAACAACUCCAAUCAAUCAACCGAUCUCACUCGGGGAUGGAGAUACGGAAUCUGAAACGCAUCGAGAAGUAGACAAACUUGGUCUGUUCUGGGUUGCAAAGCUAACUCCUUACAGGCUGAGGUCCAAAAGGCACCGCGAGUUGGUGAGAAAAUCGACAAAACCACAUUCGUCCCAUAUGAGACGCCCCUUCAAUACUUUAGGGCUUAUCGCUUUCAUCCUCAGUACAGCGGCUCGGUGGCCGGGGGGUUACGCUCUUUGACCUACAGCAAUAAGAUCGACGUAGCAAGGGAAGUAUGCCCUGAUCAGCUUAUUGAAGGAGCUUGCCGUAAAGGCAGCGAGUGCCAAUUCCAGCAUUUCGAAAACAUGCAGGUUCCGGGUACGUGCCAUCAUGAUCCACGAACACACAACCAUAAACAAGCGAGGGCGCAUGCCAGUGGAGGGAACGCUAACAUGCCGAGCGGCAAUAGAUGAUCAAAUUCUCCUUCAACUUGGUGCUUAUGGCAACUGCGAGGCAGAUCAACAUGAUCAGUACGUUGAAGGACUUCGCAAAUUGCUUACAGACUUUCGCGAACGCAAGGUGAAGGAUUUCGAUGCCAUCAGCAACGGUAUUAUCGAGUAUCGCGCGAAGUUUCUCGGCGACAAAACGAAAAUUCUACCAUUGGGUGCUGUCACCCUUUGAAGAUGACUCGAAGUUUGCCCUGUCCUUUUGAGACAAUAACACUGGCAAUGGUUCUUGUCAGAGUGCUAAUUCGACCACCAUUGCACACUCGGUGGAUCGAUGAUACUCAAGACAUGACUUUACACAAUGAAGCGUAGUGCUUACGCGACUGCGCCAUCAUGCAGCUCGUUUCGUUCUGAAACUGAUAUCCGUAUUUGACUCUCCAAAAGAUCCGUUCAGCUUACUAGAAAGUCAUGGGUUGCAUCUGAGUGCCUCCCAGCAUGAUUGAUUUGCUGUGAUGGGCAAGAUGCAGCUGAAGCGAUACAGAAAGAUAAGAAAGACCUCGACAGGAAAACAAAGAGUAACAUGCUGUAUUUUAAAGAGGAGGUAGACGCGUUAUCGGAGUACAAUAGGUACAGUCGACAAGAGUAAAUGGAUUGCAUCCGUAUGAGAUGACCAAAAUAGCGGGCUGGAGGGUAAUUCAUUAUUAUUUGAUAAAUUUAAUUGAUUUCAAACACAA